GAGCCUCGGAAAACUGGAUUUGGGGAACGGGUGGUUCCAGGCUGCACCUGGACCGGGCUGUUUAACGUCGGUUGCUGGACCUCCUGCAUUUAAACGCCUCUACAGUUCUGUUUUUUGCCUCCGCAGUAUGCUGUGGCACCGAGUUUCAGAAUUUUACUACGCUGCUUCUGUUGAGAUCGUGAAAUUUGACGUAGUUAAUAUUAAUUCCGAGCCUUAUAUCCAGAAACGAGGAUUAGCAUGUGCAACAGAGGAUUUGUAAUCAUCUAGCGACUACUCCAACAGAGUAGUCGUAACAGCAAACCAGGGUGUGAUGUAGUUGUCUCUUUAUUCAGUCGCCCACUCACAGUGUUGUGCGUAUGUUGUAAAUAUAUUCGUAAAGGCUAAUUGUAUGCAUUUUUAAAACAAACCACUUUAGCAGCCUUUGAUGAUGCAGUGGAAGAACGUGUGAUCAAUGAAGAGUAUAAAAUAUGGAAAAAGAACACCCCCUUCUUGUAUGAUUUGGUAAUGACCCAUGCUCUGGAAUGGCCCAGCCUGACUGCGCAGUGGCUUCCUGAUGUAACAAGACCUGAAGGCAAAGAUUUCAGUAUUCACCGGUUAGUCCUGGGGACCCACACUUCAGAUGAACAAAAUCAUCUUGUGAUAGCUAGUGUGCAGUUGCCUAACGAUGAUGCGCAGUUUGAUGCUUCACACUAUGAUAGUGAGAAAGGAGAGUUUGGAGGCUUUGGGUCAGUUAGUGGAAAAAUUGAAAUUGAAAUCAAGAUAAAUCACGAGGGAGAAGUGAACAGAGCACGUUACAUGCCACAGAACCCGUGUAUCAUCGCUACGAAGACUCCAUCCAGUGAUGUCCUUGUCUUUGAUUACACCAAGCACCCUUCUAAACCAGACCCUUCUGGAGAGUGUAACCCUGAUCUGCGUCUUCGUGGACACCAGAAGGAAGGUUAUGGGCUGUCAUGGAACCCAAACCUGAGUGGGCAUUUGCUUAGUGCUUCUGACGAUCAUACCAUUUGCUUGUGGGAUAUUAGUGCUGUUCCAAAAGAAGGCAAAGUGGUGGAUGCAAAGACCAUCUUCACAGGGCAUACAGCAGUCGUGGAAGAUGUGUCUUGGCACCUGCUCCAUGAAUCUCUUUUUGGAUCUGUUGCUGAUGAUCAGAAGCUCAUGAUCUGGGAUACUCGGUCAAACAACACCUCCAAACCUAGUCAUUCAGUGGAUGCUCACACAGCUGAAGUCAACUGCCUCUCUUUCAAUCCCUAUAGCGAGUUUAUCCUCGCUACAGGAUCAGCUGAUAAGACUGUUGCUUUAUGGGACUUGAGGAACCUAAAACUGAAGUUGCACUCCUUUGAAUCACAUAAAGAUGAAAUAUUUCAGGUUCAGUGGUCUCCCCAUAAUGAAACUAUAUUGGCCUCCAGUGGUACUGACCGCAGGCUAAAUGUCUGGGACUUGAGUAAAAUUGGAGAAGAGCAAUCCCCUGAAGAUGCCGAGGAUGGUCCCCCAGAGCUGUUGUUUAUUCAUGGUGGUCAUACUGCAAAGAUAUCUGAUUUCUCCUGGAAUCCCAAUGAACCCUGGGUAAUUUGUUCUGUAUCAGAAGAUAAUAUCAUGCAAGUCUGGCAAAUGGCGGAGAACAUAUAUAAUGAUGAAGACCCUGAAGGAAGCGUGGAUCCAGAAGGUCAAGGAUCCUAGAUCACAGCCUUUUCCUGUUUCUAGUCUUUUUCCUUCUCAUCCUUCUCAACCCCGAUAUUGAUUUAACACUGGUUUUGAGACACACGUAGACUUUGUGUUCAGCCAUCCUUCUGUAGAUACCAUCAACAGGCUUUUUAACCCAGACAGUGAGUACUCCCUAAGAAAAGGGCUCGGCCCGACUCAGCUGGUACCGUGCUGUAGCUCCUUGGUCAGAUUUCCUACAGCAACCUCUUGCCUGUAGGGCUGGCUGUCCCGUUUUAGCUGCCUUCAUCACACAGAGCAAACUUUGGUUUUGUUGUUUUUUCUUCUUCUGUCUUUAGCUUGCUGCAGCUGCGGGCUUUUGCCUAAUUUAAACAAAAGUUAAAUCGGUAGAGCUGCCAGAGUAUGCUUGGGCCGAUGGAAAUGAUACAAGUGUUAAUCCACUGGCAGUUCAGAAAUGGAGUGUGGAAGGUCUUGUCCUCUUCAGUACAACUCGAAAGUCUUGGGAUUCCUUCAGUUAAUCUGUACCUUGUGGAUUUUUCUGCCUCUGCAGAUACGAAACAGACUCGCAGAUUCUGACUUGAACUGAAAUUAAAUUUCUUUCUAUACUUUUUGUCUCUACUGGUAAUUCUGGGUUUUUCAUUCCUUCCUUCCUUUCCCUUUUCUCCCAUCUGCUGGGUGACAGUGGUUUGGAUUCGUUAGCUAUUCCUGCAGAGCGUUGUUCACCUUCCAUGUAUUUUGCUCUAUUGUGUGUUUCUUGAGCUGUGUUUUCACAUAUAUUUCUUUCCUUUCUGUGAAAUGGUUUUUAAAACUUGGGGCCACCAAGUUGUAAGGGUGUAUGUUUUUACCAACUGAUGUACCACAGAUGGCAUGCCCGGUAACCUAGAACAGCAUUGGUAGCUGGUAUCCGUAAAGCAAAUUAAAUGUGGAUGAACUACUUUUUUUAGGAGUUAGUCCUUGACCACUAGUUCCUGCACAUCUUCCACUAGGUGCCUGUUCCACCAGCAACCUGUUACUCUCCAUGCUCCUCAUGACUAAUUGUGUGUAAGUGCUUCAGAUGGAAUAAAUUUUUUCUAC